AUGAUUAGAAACAAGAAUGAUGAUGAUGAUGAUGAUGAUGCAUCAUCUAGCCAAGAGAAGUCCAAGAGUAGUGCAGCUUGGUCAAAUCUUGACCAUAAUCUGCUAUAUUUAGUUAUGAUGAAACUGGGAUUUGGUGAUUAUUAUUCAUUCCGUGGAGUUUGCAAGUCGUGGAGAUCUCUGGCAAACUCUAAUGAAAACAUGUUUAUGGCUUCCAUGCCACCCAUGUCCAUAAGCAUCAUCUCUACUAAUGAUGCUAAUGAGAAAGUCUGCUAUUUAGAGGACUUUAAAGGAAGAAAGUUUAAAACCAUCAUUCAUGGUUUUACUGGUGGGGAAUGUGUUGGGUUAACUUGUGGUUACUUGAUCUUCUUCAAGAAGACAACCCGUGACUUCUGGCUUGUGAAUCCUGUCACAAGGGAUCAACAUCAUUUCCCUUGUUUCCCAAGGGACUACGAUGAUCAUCGUACAUUAAUAGGCAGGGCUAUCCUUGUCUUUUCACCUUCAAUAAAUGGGUGGGUGUUUGUUGUGGCAGACAGAUUAAACCAUGAAAUAUGGAUUUCUAUAGCGGAUAAAGGAGCAUGGAGCCAUGUCUCCUACACUCAUGGGUUCAUUGAUUUAUAUUUUUUCAAAGGGAAGAUAUACACACUAAACGAUGACAUCUUAUGUGAACUGCGACUCAAUCCGGAACCCAAAAUGAGGUUCCUAAAAGCUAAGAAUUUUCCAGACCCGGGUUUCCUUCUUCCGGAGUUUGUAAGUUCCUGUGGGAACCUUUAUGCGAUGGAUCAAGUCUUAAAGAAUCAGCUUCAUGAACUAGAUUUUGGCGAAAUGAAAUGGGUAAAAACAAUGGGUGAUGAAUAUGCAAUUUUUCUUAGCAGUUUGAACUAUGGUGCUGCUGUUAUACCAGAGUCGUUGGCUCCUCGAUCAUAUGCGAGAUAUGCUGAAGCCGUUAUUGAAGAAACCAGAUUUUUUGCUGCAAACAUGUGGAUAACAAGUUCAGGUGACAACAUUUAUGUGACAGGUUUUCAUCAGCGAGAAGAGUAUGUGAUUCUUGAACUUGAUUUCGACGAAAUGAAAUGGGUGUCGCGUGAAAAGACAAUGGGAGAAUAUGCAUUGUUUGUUAGUGAUGAGAACAACAAUGUUGCUAUUAAACGAGAGUCAUGGGCUGACCCUCGGUCACAAUACUGGAGACAUGUUGAUGGGUUUUGUUGUUGCCGUAGUCGUCGUGACUGUAAAGAUAAGAGAUGA